UUAAAUAUAACCUGGAAAGUGGAAUCCAGAGCUAGAAGCCGGCCAUCUUCCAUGGCGUCGUCCAUUCUAUUGGAAAUAGUUGCUUCCUGGAGCAUUUUGGUAGUCUUUGUAGUAUCAGGAUCUGAGCCAUCGGGAGAAGCUCAGUCUCUUCUCAACUGGAAAGCCAGCCUUUCUACUUAUUCACAGUUAGACUCAUGGAACAAUAAUACACACUCAAGCCCAUGUCAGUGGUAUGGCAUAUCUUGCAACAAGGCAGGAAGCGUUACAAGUAUAUCCUUGUCAAGUUCCUUCUUGAAAGGUAAGCUUGACAAUCUGAAUUUUUCGUCUUUUCCAAAUCUUGCCCAUCUUGUUCUCAGCUAUAAUCUAUUGGAAGGAGCCAUUCCAACUGACAUCGCUUCUCUUUCAAAACUAACCCACCUUGACCUAUCUAUCAACUAUCUUUCUGGUACUCUACCUCGUUCUCUAUGCAAUCUCACCCAUAUUUUAGAAUUUGAUGUCCGUUGGAAUGACUUAACAGGGGAUAUAGAUUCUAAUUUGUUUAGAAACUGGCCGAAGCUUACCUACCUUGACUUGUCUAUGAACCAUCUUUCUGGUAUCCUACCUCUUUCUCUAGCUAAUCUCACCCAAAUUUCACGACUCUAUUUAUACAAAAAUGUACUAACAGGGGAAUUAGAUCCAAAUUUAUUUGGGAAGUGGAAGAAACUAUUUGACCUUCAACUCCAAUCCAAUCAGUUCACUGGCAGUAUUCCUCGUGAAAUUGGUACCUUGACCAAUCUAAAGCACCUUGAUCUCUCAGAAAACAAGUUAAGUGGAUCAAUCCCAAAGCAACUGGGUAAUUGCUCUUCUUUAACCAGCCUUCAACUCCAAUCCAAUCAGUUCACUGGCAGUAUUCCUCGUGAAAUUGGUACCUUGACCAAUCUAAAGCACCUUGAUCUCUCAGAAAACAAGUUAAGUGGAUCAAUCCCAAAGCAACUGGGUAAUUGCUCUUCUUUAACCAGCCUUCUACUCCAAUCCAAUCAGUUCACUGGGAGUAUUCCUCGUGAAAUUGGUAUCUUGACCAAUCUAAAUUACCUUAAUCUCUCGGAAAACAAGUUAAGUGGAUCAAUCCCUGAGCAACUUGGUAACUGCUCUACUUUGUGGGAACUUUCUUUUGCACAUAACAAUUUGACUGGUAAGAUUCCAUUGCAGAUUUGUAACCUAAAACACCUCGCAACUCUAGACUUGAAAAAUAACUCAAUUGAUGGAAGGAUACCCAUAGAACUGGGCAGGCUACAAUUAGAUUACCUUGAUCUCUCCUACAACAAGCUUUAUGGUACCAUACCGCCCAACCUUUUUGGGAGGUGUAUAUUCAUUUCUUUGUCAUACAAUAAUCUGAAAGGUUCCCUGUCCAAUAAUGAAGGUUGUAUCUUGAAAGAAAAAGGUUUAUCUAGAAGAAAGAAAAUUCUCAUAAUCUCAUCAGCUGUUCUGUGUUGUCUUUUUGGUGCAUUAAUGGUUGCCCGAUUUACAUUCUUGUACUGGAAGAAGAAAGGAGGUAUGAAGAGAAAGGCAAGAGCAGGAAAGCAUGGAGAUCUAUUUUCCAUAUGGAACUUUGAUGUGAACACAGCAUAUAAACACAUCAUUAAAGCAACGAAGAACUUUGAUUCUAAAUUCUGCAUUGGCUCUGGUUCCUGUGGAACCGUUUAUAAAGCUGCGGUGCAGCCAGGGAAAGUAGUAGCUGUGAAGAAACUCCAUUCCAUGAAAAGCCAGGAGAUCGUUGAUGACACAAGUCUUAGGAAUGAGGCAUCUAUGCUGGGCACAAUACGGCAUCGAAACAUUGUGAAGUUACAUGCUUUUUGUGAACAUCCAAAAUGCAAAUUCUUGAUUUACGAGUAUAUUGAAAGAGGAAGCUUAGCUGCUAUGUUACAUAAUGAUGUAGAAGCUGCAGCAUUGGAUUGGGUUAAGAGGUUAAACAUCAUUAAAGGUGUGGCUCAUGCUUUAUUUUACAUGCAUCAUGGUUGCAGUCCACCUAUAGUUCAUCGAGAUAUGUCAAGCAAGAACAUUUUGCUGGAUUCAGAAUUUGAGGCUCGUGUUUCUGACUUUGGUACUGCUAGACUGCUAAAUCCUUACUCAUCCAACCGAUCUAUUCUUGUAGGCACUUAUGGAUACAUUGCUCCAGAGCUCGCAUACACCAUGGCUGUGACUGAAAAAUGCGAUGUUUAUAGUUUUGGGGUGGUGGUGCUCGAGACUAUAAUGGGGAGGCACCCAGGAGAACUCAUCAGUUCAUUGUCGUCAUUGGUUGCAAGGGAUCUACUGGUAAAGGAUGUGUUGGACCCACGUCUAAUGCCUCCUAUGGAUCAGAUUGCACAGGAUGUUAUUUAUGUAAUAAUGCUGGCAUCCACAUGCUUACGUUCGGAUCCAAAAUUUAGGCCAACCAUGCAGAAGGUCUCUCAGGAGUUGGCCAAUCGUAGGCAUUCAUUUGCUCAGCCUAUUGACGUAUUAUCACUGCAUCAGCUUAAGGAUCUCGGGAUGUGUAUAAUUGGCUAAUUGCCAUAUAAUCAGUGAUCAUCACCACAUUACCUUUGGAGAUUGUCUAAUUAUUUUCAAGGUCUGGGCCCGGCCUUAGAUUAGACUCUCACCCAAGUUCAAUCACAAUCCGAGCAGUCUGUCUGUCUUUGUUUCUAAAAACAUCAAAUGUAUUACCGGAAUUUUUCAUUCUGAAUUGUGGGGAUUGAAAUUAUAAUUUUUUUCAUUUAUAAAAUUGUUGGUACUCUUAUGUUGGAGGA